UUAUGAUAGUAUUAUCUAAAGCCUUUAGUUAUUGCGUAUUUCAUAGAUCGGGAACGAAACGGUUAAGGAGCCGGAACCUUUGUUGUAGCUUCAGUGUUUUGACGGAGUCAUUCGGUGUAGCACGCUGCAAGAAUAACAACCCAGCAGGAGAAUUUUUAUCCGUGAAAACUUUUACAUAAUUAGGUCUAGGUUGGUUUUUGUCUUUGUCUCCGUAGACUGAAGAAGGUGGGUCUUUUUCUGAGGUACUUGAGCAGGUCUGAAUUCAAACACAGUUUCCAGUUUUGAAGACUAGAAAUGGAGGAUGAAGAUGAUUGUCCAGAGUUGGUGCCCAUCGUUCGCCCUGGGGAGCAAAUACCUGUCACCAUUAUCACGGGCUACCUGGGAGCUGGGAAGACUACACUCUUGAACUACAUCUUAACAGAGCAACACAACAAGCGGAUUGCAGUCAUUCUCAAUGAAUUUGGAGAAGGUAGCGCCCUUGAGAAGUCACUUGCAGUGAGCCAAGGAGGAGAGCUGUAUGAGGAGUGGCUGGAACUCAGAAAUGGCUGCCUCUGUUGCUCUGUCAAGGACAAUGGGUUCAAAGCUAUUGAAAACCUGAUGGAGAAGAAAGGAAAGUUUGACUACAUCUUGUUAGAAACCACAGGGCUCGCUGAUCCAGGAGCCGUAGCAGCCAUGUUCUGGGUCGAUGCGGAGCUCGGCAGUGACAUCUAUUUAGAUGGUAUCGUCACUGUCAUUGAUGCCAAGUACGGACGACAGCAACUAAUAGAGGAAAAGGCAGAUGGACUCAUCAAUGAAGCAGCAAGACAGAUUGCUGUUGCUGAUGUUACCAUUAUCAACAAGACAGACCUGGUGACUGAAGAGGAACUAAAUCAAGUCAGAGACACCGUUAGGUCUAUAAAUGGUCUAGUCAGGAUUAUAGAAACCAAGAGAUCAAUGGUGGACCUCUCUGAUGUGCUAGAUCUGCAUUCCUUUGACAUUAAGGAUGGAGAAACGCUUGCCGAGAAGAUCCAGCUCAUGAAACCUACUAAACCACAUCUUGACAAGAGUAUUUUAACUGUGACAUUUGAGGUGGUUGGAGAUCUUUCUGAAGAUGCCCUGAAUUCAUUCAUCCAAGAUCUGCUUUGGGAAAAGAAGUUCCGUAACAAAGAAGGGGAACCCAUGAUCAUCAUACGGUUAAAGGGCUUAGUAUCAUUUGCAGGUAAAGCCCAUCAAGUGAUGCUGCAGGGGGUGCAUGAGCUGUAUGAGCUCAAUGAGACGUCGCAGCUUUGGAAGGAGAGCCCACGGACUAACAGGCUGGUUUUUAUUGGCAGGAAACUGGACAGGGACAUUUUGCAGAAAAAUUUCAUUUCUGCUGUGCUGCUGGAUGCUGAAGAAAAUUAGCCCUUUUAUUCUUCUUCUCGUCAAAAUCUGAUGAUAGAGGUGGCUGCUGUGUCAUUACAGUGAUCGAAGUUGAGAACCUGCUGCAGCUACAGUAAAGAGGGGGGUUUGUUCAUUUCAAACAUGAUCUCUACUUAUGUCAAUUAAAAAUUGUAAAAUGUUUGCACACUCAAAGACACCCAAAGGUUUAAAAGUGCAAUCAACACCUUGUAGUUUCUGAAAAUAACUUAAAAAAAAAACAAAAAAAACCUGCAGCUAUUGAAGGUUGGGAAAGAUUUGAUGACCACUAUUUACGAAAUGUGAUACAAGAUUUAUCAAACCCUGUAUUUUUAAAUUAUUCAAAAUAAAGUUUUCCUCUGUGUGUUAUUCAAAAUAUGUAUUUAUUUUACCUUCCCAUAAAUAAUGAUAACUAAACUUG